CUUACGAGUGCAGUGAGACAGAGACCUUGUUCAUGGUCAUUGCUUUUCGUUUAAUUCUCCUUCUGUUUGUAAAACUUACAUAACAGGAUCAAAGGCAAACACAGGAUAAUAUUACAGUAUAACUGUUCAGGAAGUUUCAUGUCCUUCUGAAAAACCUUACCAUGCUCUUCAGACAGGGGGUGCUCAUUAUUUCCUGUUUCUAUUUAACCUUGGUUGUGAGCAGAGGCGAGCAGGACAUUUACAGUUCUGUCACCACUCCAGACCAGGCAUAUUUUGCAGAAACGUUUGACAAAAGCCCAUUGGAUAGAAAAUGGGUUCUUUCCCAAUCACUGAAAGAAGGAGACUUGGACAUUUAUAAAUAUGAUGGAGUAUGGCUUUUAGAGGAGCCAAAGAAUCAAGCAUCACCAGGAAACAAGGGGCUUGUGCUUAAGUCUCCUGGACGUCAUCAUGCUAUUUCUGCAUACCUGCGGACAGUGUUUCACUUCAAAGAAAAACCUCUGUGUCUACAAUAUGAAGUUUUCUUCCAAAAUGGGAUUGAUUGUGGAGGGGGCUACAUAAAGUUGCUGUCUAAUUCAGAUGACCUGCGUUUGAGUCAGUUUAAUGAUGCCACACCAUAUACAAUUAUGUUUGGUCCAGACAAAUGUGGAAGUAUAUACAAGUUACAUUUCAUCUUCCGCCACCGAAACCCACUGACAGGACUAUAUGAAGAGAAACAUGCUCGGCAACCUGAGAUUGACAUGAGUGACUAUUUCACUGAUCACAACUCUCAUCUUUACACACUCAAUUUGUAUCCUGAUAAUACAUUUGAAAUUCUCAUCGACCAAACACUUGUCAAUAAUGGAAGUCUUCUAGAAGACAUGGAUCCGCCAGUGAUGCCUCCCCAUGAGAUAGAGGACCCAGAAGAUGUUAAACCUCCUAACUGGGAUGACAGACGUUAUAUCCCAGAUCCUACUGUAACCAAACCCCUCGACUGGGAUGAAGAAGCUCCUCAGUUUAUUGCUGACCCUACAGCGCAGAAACCAGCCGGCUGGAUAGAAGAGGAAGAGCCUUUUGUUCCUGACCCAGAGGCUCAGGCUCCACAUGACUGGUCAGUGGAGAUGGAUGGAGAGUGGGAAGCUCCUCUUAUUGCUAACCCUGCCUGCUCCCAUGCUGUAGGAUGUGGGCCAUGGAAGUCUCCCAUGGUGCCCAACCCAGAAUAUAAGGGAAAAUGGAAACCCCCUAAGAUUGACAACCCGAAUUAUCAGGGAAAGUGGCAGCCACGAAUGAUCCCUAACCCGGCAUAUUUUGAGGACACUCAGCCAUUCAGAAUGAGUCCUGUAGCUGCAGUAGGCUUGGAGCUGUGGUCCCUUACUGGAGAUGUCCUGUUUGACAACAUCCUUCUGUGUGACGACCUCAUGAUUGCCAGACACUGGACGAAGGACACCUGGGGUCAAAGGCAGACCCAUGGAGUUCUGGAGCGGUUACUGUUUGCCACAGAAAAGCGUCCCUGGCUCUGGGGUGUGUACGUCUUCACUGUGGGCCUUCCCAUCAUUCUUUUUGUCAGUUUCAUGUGGCCUGAUAAGCGAUUUGGCCCUUCAGAUCAGGAUUAUUUUUACAAAAAAUGUGAUGAGCCUCAGCCAGACAGUCCACGGGAUUCAGAAGACCAUGAGAGUUUCAAUGACUACGAACCCAGCAACUCUACUAGCCUGAGGAAACGGGAGGGCAACAAAGUGCAGAAAAAGUCAGACUUAGAGUUAAAGGUCUCCAAAUGAUGCAAGCGAACUGCAGCUUUCUUCAUGGUUUACUAACCCUGGCAUGGAUAAAGCAAAGGGAGAUCUACUAUAACACCAAUGGGUUCUGAAUGUUUGUGUGCCUAAACAACUAGCUACUUAAAAUAUCCUAAACUUGAAAAUAAUUCACCAGACACUCCAGUGGACAUAAAAAAAAACAUUUUAUCAUGUGGCUGGGAUCAUGUCUUAUUGAAUAUGGAAGUAUAAUAAUUUUUUUUAUGAGUUUUCCUGAAUGGUAGCAAAAGCAAGUUUGUCUGUGGUUGAAAUACAGGUAACUUUCAGUAAUAUGAAAUAAAGCUGAGAAUUUUUUCCUUAAACAAAACCUAGACACAUUUUGAGUAUUUACUUUAAUAUUAUAUUGUCUGUAACAAUUUAAUAGUGUCAUUCUUGAUUUUAGAAGAAUGUUUGAAGAAGAAGGCUGUUCAAGUCUGAACUUUUGUUUGUGCAAAAUAACAUAACACAGUUAAUGAGAGUAAAAGCGACUUUGAAUUCUCUAUAUAAUCCCCAGCUACACAAAUGCAUUUAUCUCAGUUUCACUAAUGCUUGCAUACCAUCAAGGUAGGAAGUUUUCUCAGUACGACAUGAUUGGAUGGCCUAAUUUAUAUCUGAAAUACAGGCCUUCCAGGAACCCCUUGUUUA